UUAUAGGGACCCAUGGAGCCAGAAUCUGGGGCCAAUGGAACAGCCGUUACUGAGUUCACCCUGCUGGGCUUGGUGGAGGCGCCAGAGCUGUGGCCGGUGGUCUCUGCGCUGUUCCUCUUUGUCUACCUGGUCACUGUUGGCGGCAACCUCAGCAUCCUGGCAGCCAUCUGGGUGGAGCCCAAGCUCCACACGCCCAUGUACUUCUUCCUGGGGAACCUAUCCGUGCUGGACGUUGGGUGCAUCACCGUCACUGUUCCCUCCAUGUUGGGUCGCCUCUUGUCCCACAAGCGCACAGUUCCCCAUGCAGCCUGCCUCACACAGCUUUUCUUCUUCCAUCAGCUGGCUGGUGUAGACUGCUUCCUGUUGACAGCCAUGGCCUAUGACCGAUUCCUGGCCAUCUGCCGACCUCUCACCUACAGCACCCGCAUGAGCCAGACGGUCCAGAGGAUAUUGGUGGUUGUGUCCUGGGCUUGUGCCUUUACCAAUGCAGUGACCCACACUGUAGCUGUAUCCACACUCAACUUCUGUGGUCCCAAUGUGAUCAAUCACUUCUACUGUGACCUCCCCCAGCUCUUCCAGCUCUCCUGCUCCAGCACCCAACUCAACGAGCUGCUGAUCUUUGGUCUGGGUUUCCUCAUGGCAGGUGCACCUGUGAUUCUCAUUGUCACCUCCUACAUCCACGUGGCAGCUGCAGUCCUGCGGAUCCGCUCUGCAGAGGGCAGGAAGAAAGCCUUCUCCACGUGUGGCUCCCACCUCACCGUGGUGGGCAUCUUCUAUGGUACAGGCGUCUUCAGCUACAUGAAGCUGGGCUCAGUGGAGGCUUCGGACAAGGACAAGGGGAUUGGCAUCCUCAACACUGUCAUCAGCCCCAUGCUGAACCCACUCAUCUACAGCCUCCGGAACCCUGAUGUGCAGGGUGCCCUGUGGCGGGUGCUCACGGGGAAGCGAGCCCUUGCAUGA